CGUGGCGUAGUCUCACCGUAGGAUUACCAGCAUGCCGUUACAGAUACUGCGAGUUUCGGUCCUCAGCCGCAGAAACAUGAGAAGAGUUGUGUACGGCAAAAUAUAAAUACGCACGCCUCCGUCACCUAGUAGUUCUCAGGGAAGACCAGGCAUCCAAUCUCUCCUACCAACUGCGGCCACGACGACAACCUCAACUGGCUCAUCCCACCCACCUACCUUAUCUCCCCACCUACCUGCCUCUCUCACUCGACACGCUUUUCCGACACAGCCCGAUCGCGCGACACGAUGCUGCGAGGGACCGGCGUUUCGCUAUGGCUUAGGCUCCUGCUGGUGACGGCAGCGGCGGGCGCGGCCGUCGAGGCGGCGUGCGGGACGCCGACGACGACGCAGGAGGAGGCGACGGCGACGGCGUGCGAGAACCCGAACCAGACGACGGGGUACCCGGACUACAACCAGUUCUGCCAGUGCCCGCCGUACGCGGCGGACUCGCCGGCGUUCGGGAACCCGUACCUGGGGCUGGUGCGGUGCGACACGAAGUGCCGGCCGGCGAACCCGGCGCAGACGCAGGUGCGGCCCGAGAACGACAGCCUGCAGGCGUGCAUGGGCGCGUGCACGGGGUCCUACGAGAAGGCGAGGAAGCGCGGCGAGCUCGCGGCGCGCCAGAACGACGACGACUACUGGUACUGCCACGGCGUCAACUUCGUCCAGGGCCAGCUCUGCGAGUUCAUCGGCGCCCUCGGCGACCGCGAGUUCGUCGCCGGCAGCGGCUCCGACUGCUGGUACCUCGAUUAGAGCGCACCCGGACGACGCACCGCAUCCCGUGGCAGGCCGGAGGGCGAGAGAGCGCUUGCCAUAAUAUUAGGCGCAGACAAGGCCAUCGGCGCGAUGGUCAGGGCUUCUCCAGUGUAUGCCUCUAGGCAUCAUCGCGCCUAGAAAGACCAGGGCGCGUCAAUGCAAGGCGUCCGCCUAU